CUCUCCGCGUUCAGAAAACGACCAAGUCCUCUUUACCGCUUCAAAGUUGAAAGCCGGCACAACUAUAAUACUUCUCCUCGCCGCCCCUCCUUCUUCUUCACCCACCCUGUCUCUCUCUCUCCUUCCCAACCAGAAGAAAAAUGUGCUUGGAAGUGGCGACAAUGGCGUCCUCUGUGUGCUUGGAGAUCAUAAGCACCUCAUCAUCCCCCGCCGAAGAAUCCGAAAUGCAAUUCUUAAUUUCUCCUCGCUUCAUCGAAAGCGGAGAAAUUGAGAAGACUUCAGCAAAGAAGACGAGCUAUAAGUUCGAAUUGGUGGACUACGACUCUCUUCCUGAAUUCCUGAAGCACAACGAGUUCAUCCUUAAUCACUACCGCUCCGAAUGGCCUCUCAAGCAAACCCUGCUCAGCAUCUUCUCCAUCCACAAUGAAACCUUAAACAUCUGGACGCACUUAAUUGGCUUCUUCAUCUUCCUCGUCCUCGCCUUCCACGCAUCGACUCUCUUCCCGGUGAACCUGGCCGUUUCAGGCAAUUCAUCAAGCACCUUCGGUGCAUCAACGUCGGGGCCUAUCGUCUCCCUGUGGCCGUUCUAUCUCUACUUAAUCGGCGCCAUGUUCUGCCUCCUCAGCAGCUGCGCUUGCCAUCUGCUCUGCUGCCACUCAUCCUUUACCUGCUACCUCACCCUCCGUCUGGACUACGCUGGCAUCUCCGUCCUCAUCGUCUCCUCCUUCUAUCCCCUGGUCUACUACUCCUUCGCCUGUCUCCCCUUUUACCGUAACCUGUACCUCUGCUCCAUCACUCUGUUGGGAAUCACCACCAUCAUCGUCUCUCUCUCGCCGUUUUUUGAAUCGGCUAAGUUCAGAGCGGCGAGGGCGGUGCUCUUUGCUUGUAUGGGGGCGUCGGGACUGGUUCCGAUUGUGCACAAGAUGGUGGCUUUUGGCGAUAGAAAGGAGGCGGUGGUGAGUACACUGUAUGAGGUGGCGAUGGGGUUGUGCUACGGCGUCGGAGCGGUUGUUUACGGCGCGAGGGUGCCGGAGAGAUGGAUUCCGGGGAAGUUUGAUAUCGCCGGACAUAGUCAUCAGCUUUUCCAUGUGUUGGUGGUUGCGGGCGCGUACAUGCAUUAUUUGGCUAGUCUUGUCUACUUGGAAUGGAGAGAGAUUGAAGCGAUUGAAGCAUGUUAG